GUUGCCAGAUCGCCGCCAGCCGAGUGAGCAGAGUCGACGUAACACAGCGACGAGGUAUCAGAGCCAUUCUCGUCGGAUCGGAGCAGCAGUUCUCGCACGGAGACCGAGACGGUGUGUGGCCGAGUCGCGACUCUUUCAGAGGAGAAUAAGCCCGUGCGUCUCCUCCUCCUCCUCCUCCUCUUCCUCCUCCUCUUCCUCCUCCUCCUUAUCCUCAGUCCUCACGCUCCCCCGCAAUCCGCAUGCCGCGUCGCGUUGAGUCGCGGCUCGCGAUCGCGACUUCCUCAAAGUGCUCCUCUUAAUGCUCGACGAGCCUCGGCCAUCCGGCCGUCGCGCUUCCGCGGUGCCAUAAAUCCGUUUUGCGUAUCAUGUUCCUCGCCGUCGCCGUCGCCGCCGACGUCGUCGUUAUACCUCACAGUGAAGUAUCGAGGAACAGUGGAGCGUGAGGAGAUCACGAAAACGACGACAGUGAAUUCGUUCACUUGACGAAUGUGCAUCGCGCCGUUCCGGGGAAUCUCAGGAGGAGAUUUGUUGAACGACACGUACGACAACACAUCGAGUACGACGUCGUGCGUUAUCGUCGAAUUGCUAGACGAACGCUCAACGCAGGCAGUGAGCGAGCGGUCUCGUUUCCUGUGCUCUCGCACUCGUCACGUGUCCACUCAGGUAGGGCGAGUCGUAUCGUCGGAGAGGUGGAACCGAUUCUCCGACAAGAGUGACUCUCGCAGUCUCGAACAGUGUGGGCUACUCGUAACACCGAGAUUAACAGAGAUCGGGGAAGCGAUCUGUGGAGCGCGGAGUGUGGAGAUUGUCAGGGCGGAGGGUAGUGAGAACUGAGAGAGACUAUCCCCAUCG